AAGGGGAAUUAGAUCAGAGACCUAGCAAAAAAAGAGGACCCUAUCCUUAGAGAAAAAGGGGAAACGGCGCAUUUACAGGUUUCCCUACUUCUUUUCUUAUCGAUUUUUCUCAAAAAACCAAAGAAAAAGGUAGCUAUCCCUAAACUCCAUAGCCGUUUCCCUUUCCCUUUCCCCUACAAAAUAUCCCCAUGUCGCAGCAUCCGUCCAAAUAGCAGCAUCCGUCCAAAAUAGCAGAACGAAAGGAGAACGACUACUUCUCCUCCAAAAUAGCAGCAUCCGUCCAAAUUUCUACUGGUUCGGCCAUGGCAGAAGUUGUUCCAGUUUGAUUUCGGAUUCGGAAGUCGAAGCUACGAUUUGCUGUUUCUCCUUCCGCUGAGCUCCCGUUUUCCCUUCACUUUUAUUUGGUUAUUCAAGUUUAUCUCUAUUGCUGUUUAGAGAUAUUGUGUCGCAGUGCAAAAGGAUGCAGUCUCUGAAAGACAUUGUACCGGCUGCAUUGAACAAUAUAAACACAAAAUUCAUUGUCGUGGACAAAGGGAGGAUAGCUUUGGAAGGGCAACAAAAGAUGUGUUUGGCACUAGUGGCGGAUGAGACAGCUGCAGUUCACUUUCAGAUGUGGGGUGAUGAGUGUGAUGCUUUUGAGCCUGGGGACAUUAUCCGGUUAGAAAAUGGCAUCUUCUCUUAUAACCGCAACAACCUAUUGCUAAGGGCAGGUAAGCGAGGCAAGGCAGAAAAGGUGGGAGAGUUUACCAUAGCCUACGUGGAGACACCAAACAUGAGUGAGAUACGUUGGGCCCCUGAUCCCAGCAAUUCUAAGAUAUAUGUGCCAGAGGCUGUUAUUUCUCCCUUUUCACAAGUGUUUCCGCCAGUGAAUUGAGCAUUGGGAAAUCUUCUUUCGGACAGGCCAUCUCCUUUAAACUCUCUUACUUGAAUGUUGCAUUUUUCCUAACUUGAGCAAAAAAACAUCUCAUGGCUGAAAUCAACACCAAAGUAAAGAGUUACCCAUCUCAUGAUUUCAAUAUAUGGUAUAUUGAGUUCAGAUUCUUUUGAAGGGUUUGUGGAUUGUGAUGCAGUAUACUGAUGAUCGUGAGGAUUGAUUCCCAGUGCAUUAUAGAAAGUAAUGCCUCUUUUUCUCUAGCUGGAUUGACCUGAGGCUCAGCCUCUUUUUCUGUAGUUGGAUUGUCCUGAGGCUCAUCUUGUAUGCGAUUGUUUGAUUAUCAGCUUACUCUACUUCAAUGUGCAAACAAAUGAGAAAAGAUCCUCAAGUCUGGUGAAGUUUUCCUACCUAGACCAAGAUUUUGAAACAUCUAGUUUCUAAUGAAUUAACGUUGCAGCUUUUCGUAGAUUCACUUCAUUGAGCAACAUACUGUGAAAAUGGAGGAUCAAAAGUAAACUUGUUACAUAUAGCUCGAAAGUAUUGCUUUUUUUUUUUUCAAUUAUUAUUUUUGUUCUGAUCCAUCCAGGUUAAUGGAUCACUUAAAAGCGUUUCCUAUCUUUGAUUUAUUUUCUUAGGUGAUAAUUAAUCCCGUGAUUAAAUUUGAGAUUAGUCUAUCCCAUGUUUGGUUGGGAAAAAAUCGUGGUAUAACUAAUCCCGAGAUUAGUUAUCCCGGGAUUGUAGUGUUUUUUUAUCCCUAUGGGAGGGUGAAAUAACUAAUCCUAGGAUCUAAUCCCGGUAUAUGGUGUUUUGAAAUUUGUAUUUCAGUGUGAUUGCAGGAAGUAGCCGAAAUAAUUAUUUAGUCUUGUAUGAAACAUGUCUCCUAGAAAGGAUCUUACUUAUA